AUGGACUCGUCGGGUUCACAGGACAAAAAGUCCAUCCCGCGAUUCUCCAGCUUCAAACCACCUCCACAAGUCCCCAAACCCGAUCCAACGAGUGAUCGCCGCAGCAAGACAUCUCAGCAAGCUGACCGUGACUCUCGUAGAUCACAAGCCAGCCGAAGUGAACGCCGAUCUCGCUCACCUAAUCGUACAGAUUGUAAUGAAAGAGAUAGGUCCUCGGGCCGAUAUGCGCGCACAAAAAGACGGCACCACAGUCUUUCCCGAGAUCGUUGCAGAUCUAGAGAUCGGCAACAAUCUCGCGACCUCCGUGGAUCGCGGCAUCCUAAAGCAGAAGGUCAAGAUGAAGCGCAUGCUCUGCCUGCCUUGAGUGAGGUCAAUAAGGAGCCAGAUGCUGAUGGGCAUGAUCUUUUCAUUGUCGAUAGGAGAGGGGAUCGGCAUAACAUCACCUACAGCGCCACACACCGUUAUGCCGUCCCCAACUUUCGCCGAGCUGGUAGUGGGCGGGUCAUUGGGAUUAGCACGAGAUACUCGAUUGAUCGUGAACACCGGGAAAACGACACUUUGGUUUUACGCACCAGGGAACAAGCAUUCGCGGACGGGUCAAGGUCUAAAACAACUAGGCUUAUGUACAAAGACUUCACUCAGCCAACACAGCUGUUUCGCCUGAAAACAGACGGUACGAGUGGUGCGGGACUUGAAUACAUGCAAGACUUCAUACAAUUUGAUUCUACAACUCAACACAACCUCCACGACGAUAAUGACUCCAACGACGAGCGUCAUGCUUACCGGUCAAUACAUGGAAAGGCAAAGGACGAAGAUGUGAUUUCGGGAGAUCUGGAAGCACUUCCUGAUUCUAAAACCCUGGAACUGGACAUUGAAGUCGACAUUGAUGCGAACAGAAAGGCCCGCAAUGCCGAGCUUUCGCGUGCCGUAGAAUCCCGCCCAACGGACGUCGCAGCAUGGCUCAAAUUAAUUGACCACCAGGACACGCUCAUUUCUGGUUCACGCGACGACUCUCGUUCCUUUACGUACGCCGAGCGACAAGGAUUGGCCGAAGUCAAACUGUCUCUAUAUGAAAAAGCUCUCAAAAGGGUAGGCGAAAGUCCUCACAGGGAUCGUCUGCUUCUUGGUCGACUGUACGAAGGUGCGAAGUCGUGGGAUAGAGAAACCCUUCUGGCUGAGUGGAAGGGUACGCUGAAGAAAAACCCAGCGUUCAUCAGUCUCUGGGUCAGAUACCUCGACUUUCGCCAGACGGAUUUCCAUGAUUUUGCUUUCGAGCAAUGCAAUGCAGUUUUCCUUGACUGCUUGAAUCUCAAUGCGUCGAGCCCAGCAAAUCCAUACAAAAUGCAAGUCCAAUGUUACUUGUUCCUGCGCUUUACCCUCUUUCUACGGGAAUCGGGUUAUAUUGAACUCUCCGUGGGUCUCUGGCAGGCAGUGCUGGAAUUCACUUGCUUUAGGCCGUCCUCUUUCGCUGAAGGUAGUGAAAAGGAAUGCGCUCUUUCUUCCUUUGCCAGUUUUUGGGAGUCAGAAGUGGCACGAAUCGGAGAACCUGGCGCAACAGGCUGGCGGAAUGCUGCAAGCAUUGAUGUCGACCCAACCAACCAUGCAUACGAACUUGAGGUUAAUACUUCAAACAUUUUGAGCUCUUGGGUUAAAGCGGAGAGGGAGCGAGUUUUGGACUGCCAAAUGCCAGCGCGAAGCAUUGAUGACUUCAAACCUGGCAUGGACGAUGCGUACAUGGUGGUGCUUUUCUCAGACUUGCAGAAUAUCCUGCCAUUAUUCUGGGACCUGAAUAAUCUGGAUGAUCUCAUUGACAGCUUCUUGUACUUCUGCCAUUUGCCACACUUGACGGUCCCUCAGAAUGCUCCGACAACCCGUCUAUGGGGUGGAGAUAACUUUGUGCGGAAUGAAAUUGUGGACAAUGCUCGAGUGGACUUGUCUCCCUGGAUAUCGUUCCAAGGGGAUAAUUCCCAAGCAUCCAAAUUACCUUUCUCCUUUCCAGUUUCCAACUUUCUUCACACGACGAAUACUAUGUUCGCUGCGCCCGGGGAAUGGUUCUCGUCACUUGAAGCUUGGGCCAAAAAUGCUUCAAGCAAGUCAUCAGUCAUCAAUCCUGGCUGGGUGCGACAGACUCUUCGCACCUUGGUGGAAAUUCUUCCGACUGAUAACGAAUUGGCUGAGUGUGCCUUAGCAGUAGAAUUUUCCUGCGAUCGAGACGCCGCCAAGAAACUUGCAAAGCGAUUGUUGAAGACAAGGUCCUCAAACUUGGGGCUCUACAACUGCUUUGCUCUAAUGCAGUCUCGCACUGGGGCCCAGUCGACUGCAGAUCAUGUGUGGUCCACUGCUCUCACGAUGAGUAAAGACUUCGAGGACUGUGACAAGAUUGACUGCGGUCUCCUGUGGAGUUCGUGGACGUGGGAGUACCUCCAGCGUGGAGACUUUGUGCGCGCUUCAUAUGUCCUGCAUGCGAUGUUGUCUCAGAACAUUGAUCUCGCUUCGUUUGCAGCGGCUUCUGAUCCUGUACAAUUCAAUGCUACCAGUAUGCUUCGCAUCCAGAGUCUCCUAAGCGAGUCUCAAGAGAGAUCCCUGACCUACAGGAAGCCUCAGGUGUACACUUCGUACACCGACUGUCUCGCCUUGCUUCUCUAUAUGGUAGAAGGCUCUUUCGAGGCGUCUCUCAAAAUUUAUGCCUCAGCGGUCCUGAAGCUUAAAAAUCUUCCCGUGCAGGAAGAGAAUAUGAAGGCUUUCACCGCAGAGUUGCUGCAUCAGUCUCGGGCGAGACUGAUUUACUUCCAUGUCGAACGGAAAGGAAAUUUCAAACCGAUCCAAAUCCACAAUCUUCUCAAAGAGAGCAUUUCCAUCUUCCCUCACAACACUCUCUUCCUCUCGCUCUUCGUGUGGAAUGAAGCCCGCUUCCCGAUCUUUGAUCGGAUUCGGGACAUUCAGAUUCUCACCAGAAGCACAGACCUAGACAACCGGUAUCGACUUGACGGUGAAUUCGGCCUCCGAGGCAUUGCACAGAGCACGCCAAUCUCGACUCACCUUUUGUCCAUCUAUAACGAAUUGUGCCGUCCGAUAUUCACUGGUAGCACUGCUCACUCCACACGAGCCGCAUUCGAGAAAGCAAUUGGCGAACAUUCUGCGCUAGCUUCAAUUAGGCCAGGCGACAAGGAUACACACUAUAGCUUUGACGUCGACAGUGCACGAUCAAAUCUUGCUAUCUGGAAGCUCUAUAUUUUUUUUGAGCUCUAUCAGACUCGGGAUAUCCAUGCUGCAAAGGCUGUGUUCUAUAGAGCGAUUCGCGCUUGCCCCUGGUCCAAAGAGCUUAUUAUGCUUGCUUUUGAGCAUCUUCGAGAGGAUUUGGUCCAAGGUCAUACCCGAUUCCAGAGUGGCAAACAAAUCGCGGCCCGCGGCUUCACUUUUGACGAGCUCUGCCAGCUUUACAAUCUCCUUAUUGAUAAGCAACUCCGGGUGCAUCUAAACAUUCAGAAUGAGAUCUUUGACGCACUCGCUCUGCGGCGCAUGGCUUCUGAAUCAGCUGAACGACCCGAAGAUUCCCCAUGA